UAGCCUUAUAAAAUACAUAUCAGAAUACAUCAAAACAAAAUCUUGUAAAGAGAAAACUGGUAAACCAAGGGAUUUCUUUUCAGUGAGAAAAAAAAAACUCAUGGCUGAAAUACAAUUGCACCUUAACCAAAAUCCAACUCAAUAUGAAAAUGUAAUUCGGACACAGCAAAAAAAGUAUAUAAAAGUGUUCCUGUUCAUGUACUUAGGCUACCUGAAUGAACUUGUGUCAAAGAAGUUAUUGGAAUGUUCUGGAUAUAUUGGAUCGCAGAAAAUAGGUUAUUUAUUGUCAAUGGAGAAAAGGCUAAUGAACGAUAUUGUUGGAACCAAAAAAAAUCUGAGGGAACUUUUACUUGCGAGCAGCUUUAUUCAGAAAAAUAAUGAUUCGAAAAAAGUGCAAAUAAUUACCCAAGGAGAAGAGGUGCUACCAUUACUUUUGCAUCGUCUAAGUUUGGAUCUUCCACUGAAAUCCUAUUUUGUAUUGUCACAGCUACAUGCAACUUAUUUACAACUUACUUUAAAGCAGGUCGUAAAAAUUGCGUCAGAUGAAGAGGAUGUUGCCGCCAUUACUAUACAAGACAAGAUUAUUCGAAUCGAAAACAUUUACGAUAUUUUACCAAAAAAUGUCUGGAAAUAUAUGAUAGCAAACAAGGAAAUAAUGAAUAACUGUCCUUCACAUAACAAAAGAUUUCUGUCUUUGGAAAACUACAGGGAGUUCAAAAUAAGAAUUAAUUCAUUUGUGUUUAAAAGGUUUUCUUCCUUCAGUUCAAUCGGUUCGAAUUUAGAUGAAGCGGAAAUAAUACCAGUGAAUAGCUGUUGCAGUUGCACAAUCAUUUUGUCGAUCAAUGCUAUAUUCGAAGUGGCCUUUAAACCAAUAAUAGAAGAUGUCGCAUCAGUCAUAUCAUCUGCACUUGCGGACGAGUUAAUAUUUGGUAAGUACAUUGUCAAAACCCAAUUUAUUUUGGGAGAUUUUUUCAGUAUAUAUGGAAACCCAUCUCUUCGUCAAAAAAUUGAGUCAGCACUUCAAACGGCUUCUGAUACUGGGACUGAAAAAAAGGAAUUGGGGACAAUCAAUUUCGUGCUGUUACAACCUACAAAUUAUCAUCUGAAACCAGAACUAGGCUAUCCACAUUUUUUACAUGAUAUUUUUCAUAAAGGUUGCUUACAUCAAGUGUCACAUGAAAACUACGGUCUAGACUUCUAUUUUACAAGAAAAGAAAAAGAAUGUCAAGUUGCUUAUAAAGAUGGACCUAUGGAAAAUAUGAUUGAAUGUGACCAAAUAGCUGUCAUUUUACAAAGAGGUCAACAUAUUACAAAUGAAGGCAUAACAGCGACAUAUGUUGUACAUUUCAAAAGCCCAAACUUUGGUAGAAGAAUUGACUUCCGUAAAUCUACAUAUCCACUCGUUAUACUUGAUUAUUUCUAACUUGUUUAUAGGCUUAUUGAGUUUCAGGCAUUUAAAGGAAGCCAACUAUGACGACAUUAUUCCCUUUGC